ACGGAAGUGAGAGAAUGACGCGUCCCCUAGUUACAAGGCCAAAAUAUGCUAAAAGCCUUUCUAGUAAACACAGAAGAUCUGUCGUUUCCGUCCUUCUUGCGGUCAUGCGACUGACAAGAUCCGAGCCAUUUUGAACAUCUCUGGUCCGGAUAUCUUGACAAGUUGUCUUUCCUAGGUCAGCGAGUGAAACAGCGAGAACAGCAUGAGGGAAGUCAUUAAUAUACACUUAGGGCAAGGAGGAGUACAAAUAGGUAACGCCUGCUGGGAACUCUUCUGCUUGGAGCAUGGCAUUCAGCCUGAUGGGCAGAUGCCCUCAGAUAAAACUAUCGGAGGCGGAGAUGAUUCCUUCAACACAUUUUUCAGCGAGACCGGCUCUGGAAAGCAUGUGCCCCGUGUGGUCAUGCUUGACCUGGAACCGACAGUCAUCGAUGAAGUAAGAACAGGCACAUACAGACAGCUCUUUCACCCUGAGCAACUCAUAACAGCUAAAGAAGACGCAGCCAACAACUAUGCACGCGGACACUACACUGUGGGAAAAGAAGUUGUUGAUUUGGUCUUGGACAGAAUUCGGAAACUGGCAGAUAUGUGUACAGGGCUUCAAGGCUUCUUUGUGUACCAUAGCUUUGGAGGAGGAACUGGUUCCGGGUUUACCUCACUCCUAAUGGAGAGGCUCUCAGUAGACUAUGGUAAAAAGUCAAAGCUGGAGUUUGCCAUCUAUCCCGCCCCGCAGAUCAGCACAGCCAUAGUGGAGCCCUACAACUCCAUCCUGGUAACGCACACGACCUUGGAACAUUCUGACUGUGCUUUCAUCUUCGACAACGAGGCUAUGUAUGACGUGUGCAGACGAAACUUGGACAUAGAGCGCCCCACAUACACCAACUUAAACCGAAUCCUCGCCCAGGCAGUCUCGUCCAUCACCGCGCCACUAAGGUUUGAUGGAGCUCUGAACGUUGACUUGAUAGAGUUCCAGACGAACUUAGUGCCAUAUCCUCGCAUUCAUUUCCCUGCCAUCAUUCACUCUCCCAUCAUUUCCGCUGAAAAAGCUUACCAUGAGCAGCUGACUGUGGCUGAGAUCACCAACUCUUGCUUCGAGCCAGCCAAUCAGCUGGUCAAAUGCGACCCCCGUCAUGGCAAGUACAUGUCCUGCUGUUUGCUGUAUAGAGGUGACGUGGUACCCAAAGAUGUUAACGCCGCCAUCGCCACAAUCAAGACGAAAAGAACUAUACAGUUUGUGGACUGGUGCCCCACAGGAUUCAAAGUCGGCAUCAACUACCAGCCACCCACUGUGGUACCGGGAGGUGACUUGGCCAAAGUCCAGAGGGCAGUUUGUAUGUUGGCGAGUACUACGGCUAUAGCUGAAGCUUUUGCUCGACUCGAUCACAAGUUUGAUUUAUUAUACGCCAAGAGAGCAUUCGUUCAUUGGUAUGUCGGUGAAGGCAUGGAAGAAGGAGAGUUUGGAGAGGCCAGAGAGGAUCUUGCAGCGCUAGAGAAGGACUACGAAGAGGUCGGUCUAGACUCAGUUGCAGGUGAAGAGGAGGGUGCCGAAGAGGAAUUUUAAGUCUAUCAAUUUACUGUCGCCGCCUCUGCUGCAUCAAUAGCUACUACCGUUAUAACCUGAAGGGGAAAGCAACAUGGGGACACCGGCAAUGAGCAUACUGCAAUGUUGUUUCCUUGUUUAGAUCUGUACUAGCUUGUCCGUCUAGCCACGUUUACAACAGUAAGAAUGAAUCUAAAGCAAAUAGAUUUAGUUCCAGCGAUUUGUUGUUCUCACAAAGCAUUAUCUACCCUUUUGUAUUCAAAUGACACCCAUACAAUUACAGCAAACCUAGAAAAAGACAAUUUUGUCUAAAAGAAUGAAGAUUAUCGUUGUAGUAUUGAGCGAGAUCUCAAGAUCACAUGAAAAAUAAAACUCUAGGGCCAACAUGCAAGUCUAUAACUCUAAUAUAUUUAAACAUUUAGCGUAUAAGAUUCUAGACCUAGAAGUGAAGUGUAAAAAUAAAAGAAAAAAAACUCUCUCCAGGACCUCAAGUGUGGUGGAUAGAUUUAAUGUAUUAGACUAGGCAAUACGUGAAAUGAUUACAUAACUAAUCUAUUGACAUAAAUAGAAUAAUGUAUAAUUUGCUGUAGUGGAUUUACAUCUCUAUUAGUCUGCCUAUACGUCUACACUUGAGAUACACAAGUAUUUCUAUUAGAAUGUAUACAAUAAAAUCAAAACUGAUUCAAAACUAA